UAAACUCUACAUAACAACUAAAGUGGGCUUAAAAAUCAUAAACUUUAAUAGAGCCCAAUAAUUAUCUUAUCUCUUAAACACACUUAAAAAACGGUUUAAUCUUAAUGACAAUUUUCUCAAAAAGAAAGAGACAACUCACAAAGCAAAGCAUCAUAGUCAACAUCACAUGUUCUAAUCUCUAAACACCUCACACAGCACAAAAACACUUCACACACAGAAAAACAAAUACAAAAACUGUUAUGGGCACAAAUCCAACACCACCACCGCAUCAAAAACUAACCCACCCCAAAAACGACGUCGUUUUCUCACCAAUCCUUCAACCAUACAAUCAAACGCGCGAUUCUCGACGCCGCGCAAAUUCCCCUCCGCCGUUCACAUUAACCACCAUCCUCUCCGCCGCGAUCUCAUGGCUCCGAAACCGACGGAUCCGUUUCAUCUUCCUUCUCCUCUGUUCUCCUCUCAUCUUUAUCUUCCUUUUCAUCGCUUUCCCUUUCCUAUGCAUCACCGAAAUCUGCCUCCGACGCCGUUUAUGGAGAAAACUUCUUCGUGGAUUCUCCGGUGAUGAUUCCGCCGAUCGGCUUCGAAGAUGUGAGGAAGGUUGUUGUCACGAUGAUGAAGAAGAAGAGAAGGGUUUGUUGCAUAGAUAUUUGGAGGAUCAGCUUUUUCUUGUGAGAUCGAUGUAUGAAUGUGGUGGUGAUGAUGAAGAAGAACUUGUUGAAGAAGAUGAAGAAGAUUAUAAAUCUCCUUUGUUGUUGAGAUAAUGAUGAUUAAUGUUAAUGUAAUAAUUAAUACAUAAUUUUGUAUAUAUAGAUAGGGAUUAAGGAAAAACACUUGUAAUUUUGAUUAUUGAUUUUGUUGUGUUUGUUUAUAGAUCGAAAGAAAUUGAAUUGAGAUUUUCUUGUAACUUGGAUCAUAACCAUUUUUUCUUUUGCUUUUGGGUGAUAUUUUAGUUUGACAAGAAAAUUAAAAUUAGCAGAAAACUGUGAAAUGUCACUUGUAUGUACAAUGGAAGAGUAUUAAUGGAUUACAUUUUAGUUUGAUGUUUAA